AUGUCGAACAUCUGGGAUUCCCUCGGCGGACGCAAACAAUCCAAGGGCUCCGAAGCCACGGCCCCCGAUGCAUCCAGCUUCCUUUCCGACCUCCCCGACCCAACUCAACUUCACCCUCUCGCCGGCCUGAACCAAGAAACUCUCGAUUACAUUACUCUGGAAGAUUCCGCGCUGGACCAAACGCCCGGGUCGCGCUCCGUGCUGCCGUCCCGCGGCUGGUCCGAUGAUCUGUGCUAUGGAACCGGAACGACUUACCUGGCUGCGUUGACUCUGGGUGGUGUGUGGGGUUUGGCUGAGGGACUGCAGAAGACGCCUGCGACGGCUCCGCCUAAGAUCCGUCUUAACGGCGCGUUGAACUCGAUUACGAGACGAGGCCCGUUCCUCGGUAACUCGGCCGGUGUGGUUGCGAUGGUGUACAAUGGAGUCAACUCCGGUAUUGGAUAUGUGCGGGGUAAGCAUGAUGCUUCGAACAGCAUUGUGGCGGGUGCGUUGAGUGGAGCGGUCUUUAAGAGCACGAGGGGUCUGAAGCCCAUGGCUAUCUCGGGUGGUAUUGUGGCUGCUAUUGCUGGUGGUUGGACUGUCCUGAGCAAGACAUUCCUGUAG